CGCAGGGUGUACAGGCACGGCCAUCUCUUGCUUCCCUUUUUAACCUUGCAAAUAGCUUAAUAUAUCAUCCAUUAUUUUACAUUCAGACCUGUUUAAAUAACAGGGGGUUAGGGGGACAGCAGACAAUUAGAAAUACAGGCCUUUUUUGGUUUAGUCUUUCUCUCUUGACUCAUUGGACACUGACAGCACCAGGAUGAUAGCCGCUCAGCUUCUGGCCUACUACUUCACUGAGUUGAAGGAUGAUCAGCUCAAAAAGAUUGACAAGUACCUGUACUCGAUGCGUUUCUCUGAUGAGACGCUCAAGGACCUCAUGAACCGCUUUAGGAGGGAGAUGGAGAACGGACUCAGCCGUGACACAAACCCCACCGCCACCGUCAAGAUGCUGCCUACCUUCGUCCGCUCCAUCCCUGAUGGAUCAGAAAAGGGAGACUUCAUUGCUCUGGACUUAGGUGGGUCAAACUUCAGGAUCCUCAGAGUGAAAGUGACACAGGAUAAAAAGCAGCCGGUUCAGAUGGAGAGCCAGGUGUACGAGACUCCAGACGACAUCAUCCACGGCAGCGGCACACAGCUGUUCGACCAUGUGGCCGACUGUCUGGGCGACUUUAUGGAGAAACAGAAAAUCAAAGACAAGAAGCUCCCAGUGGGUUUCACCUUCUCCUUCCCCUGUGCCCAAACCAAACUGGAUGAGGCAGUGUUAUUGACGUGGACAAAGAAGUUUAAGUCCAGUGGCGUUGAAGGAAUGGACGUGGUAAAGCUGCUAAAUAAAGCCAUCAAGAAGAGAGGGGAUUACCAGGCCGACAUCAUGGCUGUGGUGAAUGACACUACAGGCACCAUGAUGACCUGUGGGUUUGACGACCAGCGUUGUGAAGUGGGAAUUAUUAUAGGUACCGGUACAAAUGCAUGUUAUAUGGAGGAGCUGAGGCACAUAGACCUGGUGGAGGGGGAUGAGGGACGAAUGUGCAUUAACACAGAGUGGGGAGCAUUUGGGGACAACGGCUCCUUAGAAGACAUCCGCACAGAGUUUGACCGCGAGAUUGACCGAGGCUCCGUCAACCCGGGAAAACAAUUGUUUGAGAAGAUGGCCAGUGGGAUGUACAUGGGGGAACUUGUGCGCCUGAUUCUGGUGAAAAUGGCAAAAGAGGGACUUCUGUUUGAGGGACGCAUCACUCCUGAGCUCCUGACCAAAGGCACCAUCCAGACCAAGCAUGUCUCCGCCAUCGAGAAGUCUAAGGAGGGCCUAAAGAAGUGCAUGCAGAUCCUGACCAGUCUGGGAGUGGAGCCUUCGGAUGAGGACUGUCUGGCCGUGCAGCACGUUUGCACUAUCGUGUCCUUCAGGUCGGCAAAUCUCAUCUCUGCCACUCUUGGCGCCAUCCUUCGCCGCCUCAAAGACAACAAGGGUGUAGCCCGGCUCCGCACUACGGUCGGCAUCGACGGAUCACUCUACAAGAUGCACCCACAAUACGCUCGUCGGCUGCAUAAAACUGUGAGGCGCCUGGUCCCAGACUCCGAUGUGCGGUUCCUUCUCUCUGAGAGCGGGAGUGGAAAAGGUGCUGCCAUGGUAACAGCAGUGGCCUACCGCCUCACAGAUCAGGCGCGGCAGAUUCAGCAGACCUUGGCCGAGUUCAGGCUAAGUAAAGCACAGCUGCUGGAGGUGAAGAAGAGAAUGCGGAUUGAGAUCGAGAGAGGACUGGGCAAAAACACGCACAAAGAGGCUACUGUCAAAAUGCUGCCCACGUAUGUUAGGAGUACACCAGAUGGCACAGAAAACGGUGAUUUCCUAGCCUUGGAUCUGGGAGGCACAAACUUCCGAGUGCUUUUGGUGAAGAUUCGCAGCGGCAAACGGCGAACAGUGGAGAUGCACAACAAAAUCUAUGCCAUUCCCAUAGAAGUCAUGCAGGGCACCGGAGAAGAGCUGUUUGACCACAUUGUGCACUGCAUCUCGGACUUCCUGGAUUACAUGGGGAUGAAGAGUGCUCGUCUUCCUCUGGGCUUCACCUUCUCUUUCCCCUGUUAUCAGACCAGCUUGGAUGCUGGGAUUCUGGUAACAUGGACCAAAGGCUUCAAAGCCACAGACUGUGAAGGUGAAGACGUGGUGGAGCUGCUCAGAGAGGCCAUCAAGAGGAAAGAGGAGUUUGAGCUGGAUGUAGUGGCCAUAGUGAAUGACACAGUGGGGACAAUGAUGACUUGUGCUUAUGAAGAGCCAACAUGUGAAGUCGGACUCAUCGCAGGAACGGGCAGUAAUGCGUGCUACAUGGAGGAGAUGAGAAACAUUGAGAUGGUGGAGGGGAACGAGGGGCGGAUGUGUGUGAACAUGGAGUGGGGCGCGUUUGGGGAUAAUGGCUGUUUGGACGACAUCCGGACCAUCUACGAUCAGUCCGUGGAUGAGAACUCACUUAACGAGGGCAAGCAGAGAUAUGAGAAGAUGUGCAGUGGCAUGUACCUGGGAGAGAUUGUCAGGCAGAUUCUGAUCGAUUUGACCAAACGAGGAUUCUUGUUCAGAGGGCAGAUCUCAGAGACACUCAAGACCAGGGGCAUCUUCGAGACCAAGUUCCUAUCACAGAUCGAGAGUGACCGUCUGGCCCUGCUCCAGGUGAGGGCGAUCCUGCAGCAAUUGGGUCUGGACAGUACGUGUGAUGACAGUAUCAUCGUGAAGGAGGUGUGUGGCACCGUGUCUCGACGUGCCGCUCAGAUCUGUGGAGCCGGAAUGGCCGCUGUGGUCGACAAGAUACGAGAAAACAGAGGCCUGGAGCACCUGGAUGUGACUGUGGGAGUGGACGGGACGCUCUACAAACUGCACCCACAUUUUUCGCGGAUCUUCCAACAGACGGUGAAGGAGUUGGCCCCCAAAUGUGAUGUGACGUUCCUGCUUUCAGAGGAUGGGAGCGGGAAGGGGGCGGCUCUGAUCACUGCAGUGGGCUGUCGCCAGAGAGAGCUUGAUGCACAGCAACACUGAGGACUUUAAAUACACUACUAUAACAAUUACUACUGUCUCAAUGUCUCCCAAUAGGACCCCUACCCAAAAGUUUAACCCCCCCACCACCCUCACCAAGGCUACAGAAUAUAACAAAACACCUGUCAUAUGCUAUAUUUAAGUUGAAAAUGUGUGAUAAACAGACCUUUUUUACAUGGUAGGAGUUAAGUUACACUAGGAGAGUUUAUCUACUAUAUUACUAUAAAAAUUGUGUCAAUAUUGAAAGAACAAAAACAGACAAGGCUGACAAUGACAAAAUAGUCAGACCCUCUACCACAAAAGUGAUGUAAAGUACCAUUAACUUAGGACAUGAGUAUUAAACCAGGGCUAAACAAGACUAAAGUAGGAGUGGAAAACCAGGACUAUGCCAGUCUUUUUCAGAUCUAAACCAAGCCUGAAUCAGAACCACAAUUAUGACACAAUUGCAACAUGAAUUAACAUAAUGAUUGGUUUCACAGUUGAAAUGAUCGUCAGAUUCAAAUGAUAAGACUGAUGAUAUAUAUAUGAUAUAUUAAAUGAUUCAUAUUGUUAUAUUACGCAGCCUGUAUUUCCAAUGUGUUUUCACCUUCACCCGCUGCUGCUGUAUUUCUUCCACGCGCACAUGAUCCAUCACGGCCGUGACUCCGUGCCCUGCUCAGAGAGACAUGCUGCUUUAUACAAGAUUAUUCAGUACAGUGAUCUGCAAAAGUGUACGCCCUCUAGUGGAUAUAUUAUAUAUUGUGCAAAUUUGUCGCACUAAAACGCUAUAAUCCAAUUUUUUUUUUGAUGCAAUAUAGGAGAAAUGGUAAUAAAAGUUAUGUUAAAUUGCCUAAUAACAAACUUACAUGAUCAGAAAAACUGUCAGAAAUACUACUAAUAAUAGGUGCACUAUGUAACCUUCCUGGUGGGGAGCAUUACCCUACUUGCCUCAUUGGAGAUAUUAUUGCUUUGUCUGUAAAGUUGCACAGUAUGGCAGCAUUGUAAACUUAAUGUUAAAGCAAUAACAACUCCAAGGUGACAUGCAGAUGACAGACCCUCCACCCAACAAACUUAGUGCACAAUAGUGCACCAUUAAAUAAGUAUUACUAUUCUGUAUGCAAUUUUUAGUUCUUUUUUUAGUUCUUCUUUUCUUUUUUAAAUAUAAAGAGACAAAUUUUGUAGUCCUUAAUGCAGCAAGGGUUAAACCUGUCAACAGCAGUGGAUCAGAUAAGAGCUAGGAUCUUGGUCAGGAGUCCCUAGAUUGAGAAUAUGUCUCUUGUUGUGCAUAAUAUUUUAGUUUUUUGAGGAUAACUAAAAUGCCCACUUGACACUCGGGGAACAUGCAAACUCCACAAAAAGGCCAGAGAACUGAAUAUGGGAGCUACUUGUUGCUGACUACUCACUCAGCAAAAGUAUUUCAUGAUUGCAACAGUGUGACAAAUACGCCAAAAUAUAAGAGAACCAAAUGGGGCAAUACUUUUAUCACCACUGUAGCUAAAGUCACUAUUUAUUUAUUGCACCUUUAUUAUCUUGUUUGUACAUUUCCUUCACUGGGCUUGUUGAUAAUCACAUGACUACUAGGUGUGCAAUAUGUGUGUACUGCUAAUAUUAUUUUUAUAUGGAGCCAGAUACUGUAAAUGUAUUUAUACAGUACAACAGUACAACAGUACAAAUGAGGCCUGAGUUGUGGUUUUCAAAUGGUGGGAAAGAGCUGAAUUUCUAUUUAUUUACAAGAUAAGAAAACAUUUAUUUAUUUACUAUUCGUUAAGCAAUAUUAAUGCUAUUUCACAAUAAAUAACACAUGUAUAAAGAUAUGUCUCACCAUUUCAGACAAUCACAAUUUAAACUUUUAGUACCGGUCUUGACCCACUAUUUGGAAAUCACUUACUGCUCAAGAGCUUAUAAAGUAGAAAAUACCUGCACUUUUUAUAUAUAUAUAUGGGAAAUUUAGGCCAAGCAGCAUUGUAAUGUAUUCUUCUAGGUAGUUCAAAAAGGUCUCAAACUCACAAAAAGGCUUGAAAAGUCGAGUCACGGCUGAUAAAAUUCAUUGUUCACGCGAUUCGCUAAAGCUACUGAUGCCUCUUUGUGUCACUGUCACUGUAACUUCCACUACUGAAUACAUGGACAAAGGAGGGUAGAGGAGAGGGGAAGAGGAGUAUUUUUUUUUUUACCUCAAAAUAAUAUUACUCAAGUGGAAGUAAAAGUAGGUAAAAUGUGAAAAAAGCUACAAAAAACUAUUUACUAUUAGUAAACAGUUUUGACAAAUCAUUCAGUUGGUAAGCUUGGUGCUUUCAGUUUACAUGAGCAGUCUUAAAAUAUCGGCUAUUGUUAUAGUAGAGGCCAGCCUGUCUGGAUUAUGGUGUUACCAGUUAUUACUUAUUAAUUCAAUAGACUCUAAUAGUAAAAAAUCCAAAAAUAAUUAAGUGAAGGAGUAUGCAUUUAGAAAUCACUUUUUUUCACAGUGCACACAAUUUGAAUAUAUGUGAAAUUUACAUGUAGGUAGAAUAGUUUAGAAGUAGUAUCGACUAUUGUUACUUCAAAUAUAUUAUAAUGUAACAAAUAUUACUAAUUUACAUUUAUUUAUAUUCAGUAGACAAGUAAAUGUAAAUUACUAGUAGUAGUCAAAAAAGUGUUUUAAAAAGAUAUUGGACUUAGAAAGUAGAAAUAUUGUGUUACAACUACUACAACUACAAAUGUUAUUUUAAAACAAUUCACUCAAAUAAUUGUAACUCAUCACUAUCCUCCUCUGUCCAUAGUGCACUCCAUACUGCUUCACCCAUUUACAGAGGUAGAACAAAAAGGCUCUAUAGCGGAGGUAUUUUAGCGUAUUAUUAACCUGUUACUAAUUGUGAAUUUUUGAUGUUGUGAUGGCGUCCAUUACUUCUUCUACUCAUUGUAAACGUGCAAAAUAAUAAAUUGAGCCCCCUUGUGUUGAGCGGAAA